UUUUUUUUUUUUGAUAUUUGAUUAUAAAUCGAUCAAAAACAACAACAACAACAACAAUGGCUUUUAAUUUUGAACCAUUUGGAAUGAUUUGUUUUGCAUUUUUUUACGGUCUAAUCGGUUAUGUAGAUUUUGUUUACAUUUUUUACAUUGUUCCAUAUUCAUAUUUCAGUAUUAUACCUUAUGUAUCAUUAAUUGGUAUUUAUCAAAUAUGCCUUUUUAUGAUUAUCUGGUCACAUUUAAUGUGUGUAUUUUCCGAUGCUGGACGUAUUGAUCGCCAACGUCGUAGUCGUCGUGGCCGUCAACAACAACAACAACAACAUUGUCGUCAAACAUCGGUGAAACGAUUACCAUCUGAUCAUCAAUCGUUUCCGGUCGUUACUACAAUGACGAAUGAUUGUUCGAUUGAUCUAGUAGUAAAUGGUGAUCAUAAUCAUCAACAACAACAACAACAACAAUCACAAAAUUUUGGUGAAAUUGAUUACAUUAUCGAUCCAACAUCGAUUGAUUUCAAUGGACAAAUGUAUCCAGUGGCGGAAAAUUUUGAAAAUAUUCAGCCAAAUUAUAUGUACGAAUUAGAUUGGACAUAUUGUAAACAUUGCCAUCAUUAUCGGCCACCCGGUGCACAUCAUUGUCAUAUAUGUCGUCAUUGUAUAUUACGUAUGGAUCAUCAUUGUCCAUGGAUCAAUAAUUGUGUUGGCCAAUAUAAUCAAAAAUAUUUUCUACAAUUCACAUCAUAUGCCUUCAUUGGUUGUCUCUAUACAGUUGGAUCGAUCAUUUUUUCAUUAAUACUAAUGCCUCCUGGUAUUCCAAUUCGAAUUGUACACAUUGGUCUAAUCACAUUGGCAUCAUUUGUAUUGGGAAUAUUUUCCAUAGCCGUAUUCUUUGAUCAAUUACAAAAUAUUUUCAAUAAUAAUUCAUCAUCAGGCAAUGGUAUAAAUUAUCGUGAUUAUUAUGCAUCACGAAGAAUGGAUAAUAAUUUCGAUAAUAAUACAGCCACCACAAGAAUGACAUCAUUACAGCCAAUAUCAAAAAAUCGUUCGAUUAUUUUACGCGAAAUGUUUGGUAAUAUUCCCAAGAUUCUUUGGCUUUUACCUUAUCCAUUCAAAUCAUCCACAAUGGCAAUGACAACCGUAACAAAUUCAUGAUGAA